AGGGAACUCCACACCUGCCCCUCCCUCUCACCUGCUCCUCUACCUGCUCCACCCUCAAUCCACCAGAAACAUGGGCUGCUGUGGCUGCUCUGGAGGCUGUGGCUCUGGCUGUGGGGGCUGUGGCUCUGGCUGUGGGGGCUGUGGCUCUGGCUGUGGGGGCUGUGGCUCCAGCUGCUGCGUGCCUGUCUGCUGCUGCAAGCCCGUGUGCUGCUGUGUGCCAGCCUGUUCCUGCUCCAGCUGUGGCUCCUGUGGGGGCUCCAAGGGGGGAUGUGGCUCCUGUGGGGGCAUUAAGGGGGGCUAUGGUUCCUGCGGAGGCUCUAAGGGAGGCUGUGGCUGUGGCUCUUGUGGAGGCUCAAAAGGAGGCUGUGGCUCUUGUGGCUGCUGCCAGUCCAGCUGCUGUAAGCCCUGCUGCUCCUCAGGCUGUGGGUCAUCCUGCUGCCAGUCCAGCUGCUGCAAGCCCUGCUGCUGCCAGUCCAGCUGCUGCAAGCCCUGCUGCUGCUCCUCAGGCUGUGGGUCCUCCUGCUGCCAGUCCAGCUGCUGCAAGCCCUGCUGCUGCCAGUCCAGCUGCUGCAAGCCCUGCUGCUGCUCCUCAGGCUGUGGGUCAUCCUGCUGCCAGUCCAGCUGCUGCAAACCCUGCUGCUCCCAGUCCAGCUGCUGUGUCCCCGUGUGCUGCCAGUGCAAGAUCUGAGGCUCUGGACUCAGGCCUCAUGUGAGUCCUGCUAAUUUCGUCUUCCGAAGCGGUGGCCCGUCCUUCAUGGCUGAGCUCCAAACCACUGCCCAGGGUCCAUUCCCGGCUGCAGAAUGCAGCCCUGUCCCCUUUUCCUAAGGAGAGUCCACCCUAGUUACCUUCCAUCGUCUCUCCUAACCAGUUCUCUUCCCAACUGCAACUGCGGCUGAGUCCCCCUCACCUGCUGGCCUCAGCUUUGCUCGUCUAUCCAGAGGCCUGAGCUCCUGACCCCACUUGCACUCGUGUCUUUUCCAGCUGGGAGCAGCUGGGCAUGCGCGUUCCGCCUGGAACAAGGUGGGCGUUUAAGAGGCUUCCUUGGGUGGCUUUGCAUGUCCCACACUCUGCUUUCUCUUAAAUGGAAUGUUGCAAGCUAAUAAAAGUCUCACGCCGACAAACUGAAA